GCUGGGCUUGAUCGCACGCCACUGCCGGAGCCGCCAGCCGUGGGACGUCCUUGGCAUUCCCGAGAGUGCCGGCAAAGACGAGAUCAAGCUGGCCUAUCGUCGCUUAGCCCUGAAAUAUCACCCCGAUGUAGACAAGUCCGAGAUGGCCACGGCAAGAUUUCAGGAGAUUCAGGUUGCCUACAAGAAGAUGCUCUCAGGCAGCAGAUCGCCCGGCGCUGAGCCAAGGGCGCGGUGGAGACAGGCUGCUGCGCAAAGGAGAGAGCCCACCACAGCGAAGAAAGCUGCUUCCCCAGGGCGCAGUUGGUCAAAGGGCGCUGGCGCCAAUGGGGCACAACCGAUGGAUACGUUUCGUAUCUCUGACGCGCUGGAUGGCCUUCUGCCAUCGCGUGAGACCAUUGCGUACGCCAUGAUCUUCCUGAUACUGGCGCCCUAUGCGGCAGGCUUGGUCUACGGCCUGGGCAGUCUGCUGUCCAAGGUCUUUCCAGGAUGA